GACUUGGUAUUGUUUAUUUGAAUUUUCCUAUUGGUGUUUAAGACUAAAAGUGAUCAGUCUCUUAUUGGCCUAUGUGCAUGCCGUGUGGAUUGCUUCGAUAUUGCCUUAAUUCACAAGCAUUAUAGACAAACAUGGAUAGUGGCUAGCGUAGGAAUCCAGGAUGCGCGUUUCGUCUUGUUUGGAACUCGUCAACUAUAUGUACCUGCAUCUCAGAGUUGAUGUUCACUCCGGGACUCGAACCCAGUGCCAUUCGCUUCAAACGUCAUCGCCUUAUCCACUUGGCUACUGAGUCCCGAUAGCCACUUCCUUGUGCGAUGGGGCGAAGUUUAAAUUCGCGUGGUAUUGUUUAACUGAAUCUUCUCGGUAUACGUAAUUUCAGAAAGACUUUCAGUAUUCGUAUUCGUUGGUAACAUUCAACUUUCCACCGGUCAGUGAGUCGAGAUCAUUUAGAUAGAAUAGGGGUUCCACCACAGGCGAGCUGCUGCAUAAGAUAAAAAAUAAAAUACGUAAAAGGGAAAUAAAUGGGAAUAAAUAAGACAGCAUAAAACAAAUAAAAAUGAAUUUUAUUAAACGAUUGUGAGUGAGAUUUUUCUGAAUGUAAGUUGAAGCAAAAAUAAUUUUUCCUGUAGUAAUCAACAUUUGGUUUGUGUGUGUGGGUUGUGAUAGUGUCCGAGUGCCCAGAUCGAAGUGGGUGAUUUUCUUAGGGGACCAAACCCUGAGCCUUUGACCUACAGGUCCAAUCCAUAAGACAGUGGAGCAACGUGAGAAGAUUUAGUCUCAUGGCAGCCAGUGACUAACAAUAGGUUUAUAUGCCAUUUGGUUCUUCAGGAUCCUGGAGCCCAUGUGCACCAUUGAUUUGAAAUCAGGGUUUUCCAACCCCCCGCCCAUGAAGAGACAGAAGAUGAAUCAAGCAGCAUAAUGGAGACAGUUCCAUCAAAUGGAGCUCAUCGUUCCACAAAAAAAGUUUCUGAUCAAUGUACUUAUUGGAGUUCUCUAGUUCUAUCAAAUAUGAGUUAUCCUAAUGACUCCUAUGCUUUUGAUCGCAUUUACAUAAAUGAGAAAAAUUUGUCGGAUGCAUCAAACGGUGAUCAAGAACCUAAUGAAAUUUUGAUAGAUUCUGUUUAUUCUAGUGAUCUAUUAUCCACUAAUGCAAUUUCGAAGAGAUCUAAUGAAAAUGACCUCAUAUCCAGUGUCGCUGAUCCUCAUCAUCUAGUCAGUUCUAGUGAACUCUCUACUCAAAUCGGGAAAUAUGCUUUAAAUAGAGUCAAACUAACUGCAACUUGGGUAUAUGAAAACCUAACAUAAUUUCGCGGGGGAAGAUGAACCCGGAAAUUUUAAAUCCGGAUACCAACUCCGGAUCUUCAAAAAGGGGAGGUGUUGUAUCCCGAUAAGAAUAAUGAAUGGUAAUUUUUGGGAUCCAUUUAUGGACCAAUAUUAUGAGUAUAACUCCGCCUGGGCUCCCUCCGGGGGCUACUGCCGGUCCGAUUCCCGGAUAAAGGAGGAGGGUUGGGCAUGGGGUUAGCGUCCCCAUCCCGUAGAAAACUAACUCGCUAAAAAAACGCUAACUAGAAAAAAUUAUUAAAACCUUUUAAACUCUGUCCUGGGAGUCAGAAGGUCUUCAUUUAGAAGAACUAUGACGCCUCAUGAUGAAAGCCGAAUUCCUUCGGAAGUUACGAGGCCGAUGCACCUUCUGACAACCAGAGCGACCAUUUAUUUAGGUUCAUGGAAUGUUCGUACAAUGUAGGACACCGGGAGAGUCUUCCAAAUUGCUGCAGAAAUGGGAAGAUACAACCUAGAUGUACUUGGGAUCAGUGAAACACAUUGGACGCAAGUUGGACAACAACGACUAACUUCAGGAGAGCUCCUGUUAUACUCCGACCAUGAAGAAAAAAUGCCCCACAUACACAAGGAGUUGUAUUGAUGCUGUCCAAACAAGCGCAAAAUGCACUUAUAAGAUGGGAAUCUCAUGGACCAAGGAUCAUCAAAACCUCCUUCAAAACAAAGAAAGAGGGCAUUUCAAUGAACAUCAUCCAAAGCUAUGCGCCUACCAACGACUACAAUGAAGACGCUAAAGAUCAAUUCUAUAAUAGGCUGCAGUCAAUCAUCGAGAAGUGCCCAGCAAAGGACCUGACCAUUCUGAUGAGCGAUUUCAACGCCAAGGUUGGAACGGACAACACUGGAUGUGAAGACAUCAUGAGACGACACGGACUGGGAGAAAGAAACGAAAAUGGUGAGAUUUACAAACCUAUGUGCCUUCAAUAAACUGGUCAUAGGCGGCACCAUAUUCCCACAUAAACGCAUACACAAAACCACAUGGACUUCACCGGAUCACACCACGCAAAACCAAAUCGACCAUAUUUGCAUCAACAAAACGUUCAGGAGGACGAUGGAGGACGUGAGAACCAAGAGAGGAGCUGAUAUAGCAUCAGAUCAUCACUUGCUGGUCGCCAAGAUGAAAUUGAACCUCAAGAAGCACUGGACAAUGGGGCGGACAAUAUCACAAAAGUUCAAUAUCGCCUUUCUCCAGGAUACUAACAAACUCAACAAAUUCAAGAUAGUCCUCAGCAAUAAGUUCCAAGCCUUUUAUGAUCUACUCAAUGGAGAAGUAACUACUGUGGAGAGCAACUGGAAGGGGAUCAAAGAGGCAAUCACUUCAACAUGUCAUGAAGUCCUGGGCCACAAGAAGCACCAUCACAAGGAAUGGAUCACUGUCGAUACACUGGAUAAGAUUCAAGAAAGGAGGAACAAGAAGGCAGCAAUCAAUACCAGUCGAACAAGAGCAGAAAAAGCCAAGGCACAAGCUGAAUACACAGAAGUAAACAAACAAGUGAAGAGGAGCAUCAGAACCAACAAACGUAAAUAUGUGGAAGAUUUAGCGACGACGGCGGAAAAGGCUGCAAGAGAAGGAAACAUGAGACAAUUGUAUGACAUAACAAAGAAACUCUCUGGGAAUCGCCGCAAACCAGAACGACCAGUGAAAAUCAAGGAAGGCGAGGUAAUCACCAACAUUGAGGAGCAACAAAACAGGUGGGUAGAACACUUCAAAGAACUCUUGAAUCGACCAGCUCCACUGAACCCACCCAACAUCGAAGCAGCAUCCACGGACCUCCCAAUCAAUGUUGGCCCACCAACAAUUGAAGAAAUCAGCAUGGCCAUCAGACAAAUCAAGAGUGGCAAAGCAGCAGGACCGGACAACAUUCCAGCAGAGGCACUAAAAGAAGACGUAGCGGCAACUGCAAAGAUACUCCACAUUCUCUUCAAUAAGAUUUGGGAUGAGGAACAAGUACCAAAAGACUGGAAAGAAGGACUCCUAAUCAAAAUACCGAAGAAAGGCGAUCUCAGCAAGUGUGAUAACUACAGGAGCAUCACUCUUCUCUCAAUACCGGGAAAAGUCUUCAACAGGGUAUUGUUAAACAGGAUGAAGGACUGUGUAGACGCCCAACUUCGUGACCAACAGGCAGGAUUUCGUAAGGGUAGAUCAUGUACAGACCAAAUCGCAACUCUACGGAUCAUUGUGGAACAAUCAAUUGAAUGGAAUUCAUCACUCUACAUCAACUUCAUCGACUACGAAAAGGCAUUUGAUAGCGUGGACAGAACAACACUAUGGAAACUUCUUCGACACUACGGCGUGCCCCAGAAGAUAGUCAAUAUCAUACAGAACUCAUAUGAUGGAUUACACUGCGAAAUCGUGCAUGGAGGACAGUUGACAAAGUCGUUCGAAGUGAAGACCGGUGUCAGGCAAGGUUGCUUACUCUCACCCUUUCUCUUUCUCCUGGCGAUCGACUGGAUCAUGAAGACGUCAACAGCAGCCUCAGCAGCAGUAGGUCUCAAUACACACAAAGGGAAAAGCAAGAUUCUCCGAUACAACACAGCAUGCACCAAUCCAAUCACAAUUGACGGAGAAGAUUUGGAAGAUGUAAAACCCUUUACAUAUCUGGGCAGCAUCAUUGAUGAACAGGGUGGAUCUGAUGCAGAUGUGAAGGCGCGGAUCGGAAAAGCAAGAGCAGCAUAUUUACAACUGAGGAACAUCUGGAACUCAAAGCAACUGUCAACCAACACCAAGGUCAGGAUUUUCAACACAAAUGUCAAGACAGUUCUACUGUAUGGGGCAGAAACCUGGAGAACUACGAAAGCCAUCAUCCAGCAGAUACAGGUGUUUAUUAACAGCUGUCUACGCAAAAUACUUCAGAUCCGUUGGCCGGACACUAUUAGCAACAACGUACUGUGGGGGAGAACAAACCAGAUCCCAGCGGAGGAAGGAAUCAGGAAGAAGCACUGGAAGUGGAUAGGACACACAUUGAGGAAAGCACCCAACUGCGUCACAAGACAAGCCCUCACAUGGAAUCCUCAAGGCCAAAGGAGGAGAAGAGGAAGACCGAAGAACACAUUACGCCGAGAAAUGGAAAUAGACAUGAGAAAAAUGAACAAGAACUGGAUGGAACUAGAAAAGAAGGCCCAGGACAGAGUGGGUUGGAGAAUGCUGGUCGGCGGCCUAUGCUCCAUUGGGAGUAACAGGCGUAAGUAAGUAAGUAAUUAUGAGUAAAUUUUUAUCGUAUAAUUGUUAUGUAACUAAACUGUUCAUAUUCAUCUCCCUCUUAUUAUGAGCUUUAUUUUGACCUAUGAACUAUUAUUAUACUAUUUACCAUUCAUGAAUUAUUCCCUGUCUGUCAAUCGCUACCUCCUUCAUUCACAGUCACAUCUGGCUAAUUCUUGUACAAAUGUUGUUUCAUAUUUUAUUGGUGCGUUGUGGUCGGUUUGAUUGGUAUAUAAACUCAGUAUGCUUGAAAUAUAAUGAUUUAUAUCUCAGAGGCUGAGACUUGCGUUCUGGACUCAACUGGCUGAGCUAGACAGGGAAGCAGGACUCUAGGUCGCUCGCACGUGUUUAUGCGUCAUUGGUUCAAUCGGUAAUUCGCUGCCGUCUAAUCUGCAGUCACAGUUAUAGCACAUUCAUAAAUAUUCUGCACUUAUAUGCCCUUGUAUGUCCGAGUUUGUUGUGCCCGCUCUCCUCCGGGAAAUGUUCUCAUACGGGCACGCGUACACAGCCUCUGUCAGGGAUGUCUUACUCAUUGCCUUCUCGUGGCGGGAGUGUUGUUUACGAAAAUGAGAGGACGAAAAGCGAAUGUCCGGUGAUAACCAUAGAGGUAUUAGUUUAACUAAUAUAGUAUCCAAAAUACUAGCCUCGAUAAUUAUCAGACGCCUAACAAAAACUC